CCCCUGAGCAGUGACAGUCCAGAUCAGAACAGACGGACACCGAGAGGAGGACGCAGAGUGCCAUCAACAAGGACGAAAUGAACGGAACCAAGGCCGACACCGAGACCCGGUCCGGGUCCACCUCUGAUGAGCUCAUCUUCUUCGUCAACGGGAGGAAGGUCGUUGAGAAGAACCCAGAUCCUGAGAUGAGUCUACUGACUUACCUGAGGAGGAAACUGGGUCUAACUGGGACUAAACUGGGCUGUGCUGAGGGAGGAUGUGGAGCCUGUACCGUCAUGUUGUCCAGAUACCAAACACACACUGAGCAGCUGCUUCAUUACGCCAUCAACGCCUGUCUCGCCCCGCUCUGCUCCCUGCACCUGGUCGCCGUGACAACUGUGGAGGGCAUCGGCAGCGUGGCACAAAAACUACAUCCUGUCCAGGAGCGAAUAGCCCGAGCUCAUGGCUCACAGUGUGGUUUCUGUACUCCAGGGAUCGUCAUGUCCAUGUACGCUCUGCUCAGGAACAACCCUGUCCCCAAGAUGGCCGACGUGGAAGAGGCGUUUCAAGGAAAUCUGUGUCGUUGUACUGGAUACAGGCCGAUACUGGACGGAUACAGGACCUUCACCAAGGAAGGGGGGUGCUGUGGUGGCAGGGGGCGGGACACCGGCUGCUGUCUGACCAAUGGGAGCGCAGCAGAGAGACACUCGCAGGAAGUCAAUGAUGAAUCGACGUCUUUAUUCAGCACUGCCAACUUCACGCCCUUUGACCCCACACAGGAAGUCAUCUUCCCUCCUGAGCUCAUGUCUCUAACCAAAGGUCAGAGGUCGUCCUCACUGUCUUUCCAUGGCGACAGGACGACAUGGCUGCAGCCCGACAGUCUGGAUGAGUUUCUGCGUCUGAAGUGGAAACAUCCCGAUGCCCGAAUCGUCGUGGGAAACACCGAAGUGGGUAUCGAGGUGAAGUUUAAGAACAUGGUGUAUCCGGUGAUUUUGGCGCCGACGUUCGUCCCUGAACUGAGCUCAGUGACUCAAACUGACGACGGUGUGGUGUUUGGUGCAGCGUGCACUCUCAGCCACAUGGGGGCAGUACUGAAACAGGCGGUGGAGACUCUUCCUCCUCAUCAGACCCAGGUCUUCCUCGCUGUCCUGGAGCAGCUGCGCUGGUUUGCUGGGAUGCAGAUUCGUAACGUGGCGGCUGUCGGUGGAAACAUCAUGACCGCCAGCCCCAUAUCUGACCUCAACCCUGUGUUUAUGGCCGCGGGCUGUAAACUCAUCCUGAGGGACAAAGAUGGGAGUCGUGUGGUUCAGAUGGAUGACGGUUUCUUCACCGGUUACAGGAAGACAAUCCUGCGACCACAGGAAGUCCUGGUGUCCAUCGAGAUCCCGUACAGCAAAAAGACUCAGUUUGUCUCCGCCUUCAAACAGUCUCCUCGCCGAGAGGAUGACAUCAGCGUUGUCACCGCUGCGAUGAGUGUAACCUUCUCACCCGAGACUGACAUUGUCAAGGACUUGAGGCUGAGUUAUGGUGGCAUGGCGCCCGUCACGGUGCUGGCUAAGCAGACGGCGAACAGACUGCUGGGAAGGCGGUGGGGGGAGGAGCUUCUCCAGGAGGCGUGCUCCUCAUUGGCCGAGGAGAUGACCCUCGACCCCUCUGCGCCGGGCAACAUGGUGACGUACCGGCGAACUUUGACUCUCAGCUUCUUCUACAAGUUCUACCUGAUGGUGCUGCAGAAGCUUCUCGACCAGGGCGUGGACGUGGCGGCGGUCAGCUCAGACUGUGUCAGUGCGACGCAGAUUUAUCGUCCAGAGACAGCGUCCAGCGUUCAGAUAUACCAGGCAGUGCCGGAGGGGCGGAGCCAGGAUGAUGUGGUGGGCCGUCCCAUGAUGCAUCUGUCGGCCCUGAAGCAGGCGACGGGUGAGGCGAUUUACUGUGACGACAUGCCGCAGUACGAGAACGAGCUUUACCUGGCGCUCGUCACCAGCAGCAAAGCACACGCCCACAUCCUCUCCGUAGAUGCCUCGGCAGCUGAGCGAAUGCCUGGUGUAGUCUGCUGUGUGUUUGCCGCUGACAUCCCCGGCAGUAACGCCACCGGACCGGUCGAAUACGAUGAGACCGUCCUCGCUGACGGCCAGGUGACAUGUGUCGGUCACAUCAUCGGCGCCGUGGUCGCUGACACUCAGAUCCACGCUCAGAGAGCUGCCAAGGCUGUCAGGAUCCAGUACGAAGAGUUGCGGCCGGUCGUCACCAUCCAGGAAGCCAUUGCCACCCAGUCCUUCUAUCAGCCAAUCAGGACCAUCCAGAGUGGUGACCUGGAGGCGGGCUUUAAACAGGCCGACCACAUCCUGGAGGGUGAGAUGCACAUUGGAGGGCAGGAACAUUUUUACCUGGAGACAAACGUCACGCUGGCCGUUCCCAGAGAAGACGGCGAGAUGGAGCUCUUUGUUUCUACUCAGGCUGCCUCCAAAACACAGAGUCUGGUGGCGCAGGCGUUGGGCGUUCCGUCUAACAAGGUGGUGGUCCGGGUGAAGAGGAUGGGUGGAGGCUUCGGAGGGAAGGAGAGCCGAACCACCAUCCUGUCCACUGUGGUUGCUGUGGCAGCAAACAAGCUGAAGAGACCUGUGAGGUGUAUGUUGGACAGAGACGAGGACAUGUUGGUCACCGGAGGAAGACACCCAUUCUACGGAAAAUACAAGGUGGGUUUCCUGAACAGUGGUAAGGUCAUGGCUCUGGACGUAUCGUACUACAGUAACGCAGGAAACUCGAUGGACCUCUCUCUGGCGGUCAUGGAGCGCGCUCUGUUCCACAUGGAAAACUCGUACAAUGUGGCGAACGUGCGUGGCCGCGGCUUCCUGUGCCGCACCAACUUGGCAUCCAACACGGCAUUCAGGGGCUUCGGAGGGCCACAAGGCAUGAUGGUUGCUGAAAGCUGGAUGACGGACGUGGCUCAGAGUCUGGGGAAGCCGGCGGAGGAGGUGCGCAGGUUGAACUUGUACGUGGAAGGAGAGUCAACACCCUACAACCAGAUCCUGGAUCAGUUCACCCUGGGUCGCUGCUGGGAUGAGUGCCUGUCACGCUCUGGAUACCAGCAGCGCCGAGCUGCCAUCGACCUCUACAACAGACAGAACCGGUGGACCAAACGAGGCCUCGCCAUAAUCCCCACCAAGUUUGGCAUAAGCUUCACUGCCGUCUUCCUCAACCAGGCUGGAGCUCUGGUUCAUAUCUACACUGACGGCUCGGUGUUGUUGACUCACGGUGGGACGGAGAUGGGACAAGGACUCCACACGAAGAUGGUCCAGGUUGCCAGCAGGGUUCUGGGUAUCCCCUGUUCAAAGAUCCACAUUUCAGAGACCAGCACCAGUACUGUCCCCAACACCAGCCCCACUGCCGCCUCUGCCUCCUCAGACCUCAAUGGAGCUGCCGUUCAAAACGCCUGUGAAGUCCUCAUGACACGUUUGGAACCUUACAAGACCAAGAACCCCAAAGGAUCAUGGGAAGACUGGGUGAGAGCGGCGUAUUUUGACAGAGUCAACCUCAGUGCAAACGGUUUCUACAAGACUCCAGAUCUGGGUUAUGAUUUUGACUCAAACUCAGGUCGAGCUUUCAGCUACUUCAGCUACGGCGUCGCCUGUUCAGAGGUGGAGAUCGACUGUCUGACCGGAGCUCACAAGAACCUGAGCACGACCAUCGUGAUGGACGUUGGUCACAGUCUCAACCCGGCCAUAGACAUCGGACAGGUGGAGGGGGCGUUCAUGCAGGGUCUGGGUCUCUUCACGCUGGAGGAGCUUCAUUACUCUCCCCAGGGUGUCCUCCUCACCCGAGGACCUGGUUCUUAUAAGAUCCCAGCCUUUGGUGACAUCCCCACCGAGCUAAUCGUCUCGCUGCUCCGCGAUGCACCAAACGACAAGGCCAUCUUCGCCUCCAAGGCUGUUGGUGAGCCUCCUCUUUUCCUGGCGGCAUCGGUUUUCUAUGCCAUCAAAGAUGCCAUUACCGCUGCCCGAGUGGAGUCGGGCUUCAGCGGUCCCUUCAGGCUAGACAGUCCUGCCUCCGCUGAGAGGAUCCGCAACGCCUGCAGUGACAGAUUCACCAAACUGGUUCCUUCUGCAGAACGAGGCUCCUUCACCCCGUGGUCUGUUCAAGUCUAAGACUGGACGGAGAGACGGUGGUCUGAUGGUGGUCUGAUGGUCUCUGGUGAAUCUGUAACCACCAUAACGCACAUUUCCCCACCUGGUCAUUUCCACCUGUUGGAUCAGAGUUCAUAUUGUCUUCAUCAUUUAAUGACGUGCUACACCUGGGUUUGGUUUCUAUGACAACCAAUCAAUCAGUCAAUCAAUUUUAUUUAUACAGCCCAAUAUUACGAAUCACAAUUUGCCUCACAGGGCUUUACAGCAUACGACAUCCCUCUGUCCUUAUGACCCUCACAGCUGAUCAGGAAAAACUCCCCAAAAAACCCUUUAACGGGGAAAAAACGGUAGAAACCUCAGGAAGAGCAACUGAGGAGGGAUCCCUCUUCCAGGACGGACAGACGUGCAAUAGAUGUCGUACAGAACAGAUCAGCAUGAUAAAUUAACAGUAAUCCAUAUGACACAAUGAGACAGAGAGAGAGAGAGAGAGAGAGAGAGAGAGAGAGAUAGAUGCAGGACAGACGGUAAUGACAGUAGCUUACAACAACAUUAAUGAAAGUAAUAAUAUUAUAGUUAUAGUUCUAUUCUACAAUAGUACCACAGUAGCCAGAUAUCUUGACAUUUUUUCCCCUCUGUUAAAGAGUUUUUUUGGGGAGUUUUUCCUGAUCAGCUGUGAGGGUCAUAAGGACAGAAGGAUGCCAUAUGCUGUAAAGCCCUGUGAGGCAAAUUGUGAUUCAUGAUAUUGGGCUUUGUAAAUAAUAUUGAUUGAUUGAUUGAUUGAUUGACAUUAACAAAGCUAGGUAGCUAAUGUGAUGCAACGUUAACAGAGGAUUGAUGACACAGGUAACAAUGAGCUAACAAUAUGAGCGGAGAUAAAAGCUCAGCAGCAACACCCAGAAUCCGCCGGAUGAUCUGCGGCCACAGAUGAACUUUCCUGUCUCAAGAUUGACACCAGCAAAAAGUUCAGAGAAUUUUUUAAUUGGAGGCACUCUGAGUGUUUGAGAGGCAUCAAUCUGCAGAGCUGAAGACAGUUGAUGUUUUACAGAUGGAGAUUCAUAAAUAUAUCUUUUGAGAUUAUUCUGGUAAAAAUAAAGUUUGGCUUGUGCUCUCAAUCGUCUGUUUAAAGUGUAAUUAGAAAACCUUCCCACCAGUGAAGCUCGUUAGCUGACGCUGUCUCUAUCAGACCCCGCUGACCCAGGCUGUGAUCUGCUCCUCCGUUAGAAGAACCAGACGGAGGAUGGGACGUCAGUGGGCGGGGUCUAUAGGCGUCCCUCCAAUGUCCACACACCCCUGGAUGUGGAGGUGGGGACUUGGUCCUUUUUUCCCGGGGGUUUGGUGUUCUCGUUGUCAAGACAGACAGACUCGCCCCUUCUUGGACAUUUAGACGUGGAAAUAAAACCCUUUUAAAAUAACUUAUUUCCGUUAUGAUCGGGGAGUUGAUGCGCAGAUGUUCACUGGUUGAAAUAUUAACUACUUCCACUUCUGUGAUGUGAUUGGCUGAAUUAUAAACUGAUAAGUUUUUGAGUUAGCCUCUGAUUGGCCACAUUAAAAAAAUGACUGACAGAAGCCCCGUCCCCUUGAGCUCACUGCAGGUCGAUGAUUUAAAAAGAAGCUCAACAUGACACGUUUCUUCUCUAGUGAAGAACGACUCAAAAAAGAUGCUGCUGCUCAGAAGAUUAAAAAAAAAGAACAAAGAACAUGAUGUGGAUGCAUGUCUUUAUGACGUGUGAUUAAAACAGAACGGUCGGAAGAUUUUACUUUCACCUGGAAUUUUAAUAACUUUGUUGUUAGCUGAUCGGCUACAAAUGAGAACUAAAUUUUUUUUUUUUUUUACAGAUGUGAAUUUACUGACAGAAUCAUUUUCAGUUCAGUCGAUACAAAUCAUCAGAUAAUUAACGUUCCCACUUUUAUCUCAGUUUAUCUCAAUGAAAACAACGAUAAAAACACAACAUCUGGAGCGCUGCGUCACAUGACAGUUAGGUUUAUCGAAGGUUUCCAGGCACACAGAGUUAAAUAUAUGGCAUCAUAAUUAAAUUUAAUUAUGACGUGAAACGACAGUAAAAAACAAAUUGUACAAACUUAUUUCACUCAGCUUGAACAAAAAUGAAAUGUCUCAAAUGUUAAUUUAUUCCGAAACUGAUUUAAUCUUCAUCCAGAGUUUGUUGUGUUUGUAGAGUUCAGAUCUGCCACACACACAGGUUCAUUAUUAUUACUACUACUAUUAUUAUUAUUAUUAUUAUUGUUAUUAUUAUUAUUAUUGCUACUAUUUUUACUAUGGUCUAUUGAUGUCUCCUGUUAUGGACGGCAUUUAGAUUCUGUAGUGCAAGUUUUACCUGGAGGGAUUUGGCAGUGCAACAGUCAGGUGCGGUAUGAUCGUCGGCCCAGUUAGCUCAGAUAGCCUGGUUAGCUCAGUUAGCCUGGUUACCUGAGAUCGUAGGAGAAACUGUGUGCCAACAUCGUUCAGUCGGGUGUUUCUGUGGAAACUCUUAAUCAAACAUUUAAUUUACAGUGACGUCACCCAGAUGUGUCAAUGUAAUGAUAGUGACGUCGUUCAGAUGACCUCUGGCUGCAGAUUGACAUGGUAAUGAGGUGAUAACGAAUGAUGUGGAGUGUCUGAUCCCUGCUACGUUCAGUCCGUCUGUUGUCUCUGCUUCGUUUGUUGUCGUUUUUUUGUGUCUUCGCCCUGACAGGUCGGUUAUCCAGUAAGAAUCUGUGAACAUCAGGACGAUGUUAGUACAUAUCCUGUCCCAACAUAUGAUUGGCUGAGACAACAGUUCACAUCAAAUUCAUGCCCACGUUUAGAUGAACUUGAGAAACAUCGAAAACAGAACUGAAGUUCUUUAAUGGAUUCACCCUCAGAAGAAAAACUGUGAUUGGUUCGUUUUCUUUUCCUAUUACAUUAACAAAAUGUUUGUCCAAAUGAGAUCUACAAAUUAUCAUUUUGUUUUCUAAAUGAAUAAAAACAAACACACAAACAAAUAAAAUUCAUAAAAAAAAAUAUAUAAAUAAAUGAUAUUUUACAGAAAAAUUAGUACUUUUUUUUUCUUUUCUGAACAUUCUCUGGUUUAUAUAAAUAUUAAAAUAAAUAUGAUGAUGAUGAUGAUGAAGAGGAAGAUGAUUAAAUAAUCACUUAUGU